AUGACCGGUCGUGGAAAAGGUGGUAAAGGACUUGGAAAAGGGGGUGCAAAACGACACCGAAAAGUUUUACGUGAUAAUAUCCAAGGAAUUACCAAACCUGCUAUUAGAAGAUUAGCUAGACGUGGAGGAGUAAAACGUAUAUCGGGAUUAAUUUACGAAGAAACUCGUGGAGUUUUGAAAGUGUUUUUGGAAAAUGUUAUUAGAGAUGCCGUAACAUACACUGAACAUGCUAAAAGAAAAACGGUAACGGCUAUGGAUGUUGUUUAUGCUUUAAAACGUCAAGGUCGUACUUUAUAUGGUAACAAAAGAAAAAUAAUGACCGGUCGUGGAAAAGGUGGUAAAGGACUUGGAAAAGGGGGUGCAAAACGACACCGAAAAGUUUUACGUGAUAAUAUCCAAGGAAUUACCAAACCUGCUAUUAGAAGAUUAGCUAGACGUGGAGGAGUAAAACGUAUAUCGGGAUUAAUUUACGAAGAAACUCGUGGAGUUUUGAAAGUGUUUUUGGAAAAUGUUAUUAGAGAUGCCGUAACAUACACUGAACAUGCUAAAAGAAAAACGGUAACGGCUAUGGAUGUUGUUUAUGCUUUAAAACGUCAAGGUCGUACUUUAUAUGGUUUUGGUGGUUAAUUUUCAUUUUUCAUAUGUGAAGUAGAAGAAUAUGUCCUCUAUUGCAUUUCCAUAGCAUAUGUAUAUAUAAAAAAAAACGGUUCUUUUCAGAACCACAACAUAAUUUGCUUGAAUAUGAAAAUUUAAAAAAAAAAAUAAAUAAAUAAGUAAGUAAAAAAAGAACUUACACAUUAGUUUGUUCUCUUAUAUAUAAGAACAACCUCGCAUUUAUUGAUACGCACAUACAUACUACAUACAUGUAUACAUAAUAGAUAAGAAAAUAAGCGAGUAGAGGA